GAGGAGGAGGCUGGUGUGUGUCUCUCUCUGCUCCUGAUAUUAGAGCCCUUGAGUUGAGCUCCCUGGGUCAGAUGCUGCUGCCUCCUCUACCUGAGAGCCCAGACUGUGAGACUGCUGCUCCCCAACUGGGUCUGUGCCAGGGACAGACCUUCAUUAACCCCACUCUGUGCCCAGCCCAGGUGAACACUUUCUUCAGUGGCUGGAAUCAGCCCCUGGGGCAGACCCGGCUCUGCCCACACCAGCCCCUGAGCUGCAGGUGACUGGGAGAGACCCGGGGCAAAGGGCUGGGGCCGGGCAGGAAAGUGACUCUGCACAAAGGGCCCCUUUCAGGGACCUGCUGGUGAGUUUGUACCGGAGGGGGAGGGGCUCCCUAUGGCUCUGUGGGUCCUGGAGCUCCUACCCCCAGUGACAUAGCCAGGCUCACACUGGAGAGCCAACACCCAUGGGAACGGGACAGUACCCAGUUCUCCCAGGCAGAGGGGGGAGGGACGGAGACAGGAAGGGGAAUGAUGAGACCGAAAGGGGCAGCAGGAGCAAGAAGUGGGGAGGGAGGUUCCCAGCUCCCAGCCCUGCCCGGAUCCAUUCCCUGCAUCCCCCUGGGCCGACUUACUCUCCUGGGAACAAGGGGAGGAGCUCACAGAGGAAAAGCCAGAUUCUGCCUAGUUCCCGCACUGCUGGGGGGACGUGCAGCCCCAGGGGGAAUCCCCCAAAGUGGCUCCUUUGAUUCUGCUUUUUUCUAGCAUUUGUCUUAGUGACUCUGUCCCUGGUGGGGUUUAAAAGUGUCUCAGGGGUUCAGUGCUGGUGGGAGGGGCCAGGUCUGUGUUGUAAUAAAGUGACUGAGGGUUUUCCCAGCAUGGCAGAUUCCAGAGCGUCUGUCUGCAGGGAGACAGCCUGGGGGGAAUCGGGGUGUGAAAUGGACUCAAGCCCCUUCUGAAACCUCCCCCAUCGCCCCUCUCACCCUGACAGGCUGAGGAAUCACGUCCACAUUUCGCAGAAGGGAAAUGCCUGUGAUGGAGCCAGCUCAGAUGCCGGUGACCUUCGAGGAGGUGGCUGUGUAUUUCACGGAGGAGCAAGAGGCUCUGCUGGACCCCGGUCAGAGAGCCCUCUACAGGGACGUCAUGCAGGAGAAUUAUGAGACAGUGACCUCGCUGGGAUUCCCCAUUCCCAAACCGGACCUGAUUGCCCAGCUGGAAAGAGGGGAAGAGCCGUGGGUCCCGGAUCUCCAAGUCACUGAGGAAAGAGAGAGCCUGAGAGGCACCCGCACAGCAGGUGAUAGGACAGUGAGUGAGAACAAGGAGGAGAAUCAGCAGCGGGAAGGUCCUGGGAAAGUGGAACUGCAGGAGAUGUUUUUGAGAAGAGCUGAAUGGAAUUUUCCCCAGCGCUUGGAGCAGGGAAAUGCCUGGGGAGAUCGACACAGAUCAGAGAUGCAGCUGGGAAACUAUCCCGGGAAGAAACUGGACAAAUCAAUUCAACAUGGCAGAGGAUGCAAGGAUCCAAAGGAAACCACAGUCCGGCAAACAAGUCACAGUGAAGAGAAACCCUGCAAAUGCCUUGAAAGUGGGAAAAGAUUCUGUUUCAGUGGAAACAUUCUUACACAUCAGAGAACUCACACAGGAGAGAAGCCUUAUAAAUGCUUGGACUCUGGAAAAAUCUUAAUUCAGAAGUCACAACUUAUUAUACACCAGAGAGUGCAAACAGGAGAGAGACCUUUUAAAUGCGGUGAGUGUGGGAACAGUUUUAGUCAGAGUGCAACGCUUAUUACACAUCAGCGAACCCACACAGGAGAGAGACCUUAUAAAUGCCUUGAGUGUGGGAAAGGUUUUAGUCAGAGUGCAACGCUUAUUGCACAUGAGCGAACCCACACUGGAGAGAGACCCUAUGAAUGCCAUGAGUGUGGGAAAAGUUUUAGUCAGAGCUCAGCACUUUUAACUCAUGAGAGAACCCACACAGGAGAGAGACCCUAUAAAUGCCUGGAGUGUGGGAAAUGUUUUAUCGCAAGUUCAGCCCUUACUAAUCAUAGGAGAAUCCACACAGGAGAAAAACCCUAUAAAUGCCCUGAGUGUGGGACAAGUUUCAAUUUGAAAUCAACCCUUACUACACAUCAGAAAACCCACACAGGAGAGAAACCGCAUGAAUGCUUGGACUGUGGGAAAGCUUUCCGUUUCAAAUCAAACCUUAAAGCACAUGAGAAAACCCACACAGGAGAGAAACCCCAUAAAUGCUUGGACUGUGGGAAAACUUUCUGUCUGCGCGCAUACCUUAUUAAACAUGGGAGAAUCCACACUGGAGAGAGACCUUAUAAAUGCCUUGAAUGUGGGGAAAGCUUCAGUAGGAGGUCAGCGCUUACCACUCAUCAGAGAAUACACAAGGGUUAGAGACCUCAGAAAUAGCUUGACUACAGGAAAAGGUUCAAUUUUACUUCACACAUCAGUGAUCCACACAAAAGAGACACCUUGAAUGUGGGGAAAGUUCAUUUGGGGUCAGGCAUCCGCAAAUCCGCACAGGGAAGAAACCUCUGAGGUGUUCUCAAUGUGGAAAAUUCCCCAAGUGGAGCUAACACCAUACUGGACAUCAGAGACUCCUCCACACAGCAGGGAAAUUCUCUCAGGGCCCUGACUGGGGCUGGCCAUGGUGACCAACCCAUUUCCUCGUUCCCACACACAUCAGGGGCGUUUGGCUCCCAAGUAUCCAGCUGCCCAUCGCUGGGGUGAGGAUCCAACAGCAGCCGAGCAUCAAUUGGUCUGUGACCCUCUGGCUCUGCCUGGUCUCAGCAAACCCCAGGCAGAGGAGGAGAAGCCCCCAUCAGCCCCUUCUCCCUGCUGCAGUCCUGGCUGCUGAGCUGAUGGGCCACUGGUGGGGGAAGGGAGAGAGAGAAACUCCUCCAGCCGCUCCCUCUGCCUGGCUGAAGUUCCCCCCUCUCCCUUCCCCUCCCAGCCGGGAUCCCCCUGCCAUGGAGAUGAGGAGAAGGACACUUGGGCCAGGCCCCACCUUCACUCUACACACCUGUCCCCACCCCCCAUCUUCCACCAGCCCCUGGGCUGGGCUCCCCCACUGACCUGGAGCUGUUCCCUGCAGGGGCUAGUAACUCCUCCCCUCCCCAAAUCCCCCAGAGCACUGGGCUCUGGGGGAUCAAACGUUAAGAGACCAGGCCAAUGGGCUGUGGUGAGGAAACUGGGGAUUGAAUGGCUGGGGCUGCGGGAGCUGGGAAGCAGGGAGAGUUGGGUGCUGGGGCUAUCGAAUGUUUAGGGAUCAUGGGAUAAGAGGCGAGGGAGAGCACAGGGGCAGAGAGGUGCUGCCUCAUCACUCACCCCCUCUGCCCCUUCUCCCUGCCCCCUCUGCAUUCAGACAGCACCAUUGGCAGAGACUGAUUCCCACAGGGCCUUUUCUUGGAAGCCUGGAAUUCCCACCUCUGCUACAGCAGUAUCAGCCUCUGAGAGGGAAGCUGCAUUGCCUAGUGGAUAGAGCACUGGCCUGGAACUCAGGAGACCUAAGCUCUAUUCCCAACUCUGCCAGCAGCUUGCGGGGUGACCCGAGACAAAUCUGUGCCUUCCAGAGAGGGAAUAAAUGGGGAGUGAUAAUAUCAGCUUCCGAGUGCCUGUCUAGGGCAGGAGAAGUGGUUGGGAUUAGCCAGUACAUCUCCUUUGUUCCUCCUCCCCUUUUUCUAGUCUAGACUGACCCUGAGCAGUUUAUUCCAAUCCCCCAUUAGCAAACUGAUUGUUAGACUUACUAAGUGCCCCCUUAGCAGUGAGAUUGUCUCAUUCCCAGACAUCCCCACAUUGCUCCAGGUAAUGCUGAAAAAAAAUUCAUUUUUUCUGCUGUUUCUUCCUUAUACACCAGCACUCAAUAGAGUCUAAAAAAGCUGGAGCAGGGAUAGUAAAAUAAUGUGGUGUUUUAACUUCUGUUUUAUUUGAGGGGGAUGGGUUCAGUCCGGGGGAUUCCCUCCUGCCCCCAUCAAGCUCACACAUCUUCUCUGACAGAGCAGCCUCUGCCCAAGCCAUGGAGAGUUUAUCCUUUUUCCUUUCUACCCCUCCACCUUCAUGUGUCAUUUACCACAGUGUCCUUUUCCCACCAUGCUUAGGAAUCAGGCUUUGAUUUCUUUGAUCCUUAAUCAGACUCUUGAGGGCUGGAGAAAAAAGUGUCACAUUCCUGAAGGGGGAAUUCAAAUGAACCCCAAAGCACAGUUUGAGCUUAAAUCUGUAGCCCAUAAGGUUACUUUUCUAGCUUGCUAUAUUGCCUAGAGUGUUUUCUUUAUUGAUUUGAUUGAUUAUAUUGUUAUCUUCAGGGAGUUUGGUUUAUACCGGAUCUCAAUAUAUAUUACUCAGAAUAGUUGGUUGUAACGCAAAGGAGCCUACAGGCCCAUAUCCUGUAAGAGGAAGCUUAGCUUGAGUCAGUUAGGAUAAGUGAUUGCAACCUUUGGCAUAGAUAAAUGCCCUAUUGGAUACCCUUUUGUCUCUGGGGGAACUGAUUAGAGAAUCAAAUGAAGAACCGAAGGUGUUUACCUUAAGUUUGGAACGGACCGUUAACCACAGGGUGCAGCGCAGCAGAACAUGGAAGUUAUGAUUAAUGUCAAAGGUAAUGAUUUCAGGGAUGAGAUAAUCAACAUUAACAUGUAUGAAUAUAUGUCACACUACGUUAGCCUAUAGAAUAAGCGUACCCGAAGAUUUAUCUGGGUGAGGAAAUAAGACUUGGGCACGGUAGAUUGGGCAUGGCUAUGAAUAUUCAUGCUAUUAUGAGGACCCUAUAAAAGGGAAAACAACCAUGCAGAGGUAUCGCUCGUUCGUCACUCUUUAUACCUUCUAUUAAGCUAUCAGCUCAGCUUGGCAACAUAGUACUCAUCAUCUAGUCCUGAUCUCCACCUAGACCAUCAAAUCUAUCGGGCAUGCCAGAGACAGGGCUGGUCCUCUGUCUCCUACUACCAUGUCUUCAGGGAAGGGUGUGAGCAUGCUAGCUUAAAUAGUCUUUAGAAUAGGAAUGUUACCACCAGGAAUUUUAGGAUUGUAUUACUGAUUUGUGACUCUGUGCCUUGUAGCUUUGAUUGCUUUUUCACUUGUUUUAAUAAAGAUCUUAAAACUC